CGAGAUUUCUUUUGCACUUGGGUGAAGUAAGUGCCUACACCACACCUUGCACCUUUGACAACACUGAGGUAGAAAAGGGCUUGAUUCUUGCUUUUCUAGAGAGCAUGAAUUUAAAACUGUUGAAUGUGUACAAAUUCGAUCAUGGACCAUGUUAAUUCAUCUUGUCUUUUUAUUGGUUUUUUCUUAUUUUAUGAUUUGAAGACAAGCAGUUUGGUAAGGUUGUGUACUCGAAAAUAGUAAUGACUAUGGUGCUAGUUGGAAUGUGUUCCACUUCCACAUAACCCCUUUGAAUUCAUUGAACUUCUUGUUUAUUGUCAAGAUGGAUGCAUUCUCUAAUGCCAAAUUGCCUGCUGACUUGAUCAGGAAAUGUGGCUAAAGGAUGCUGUGCUUUCUCUGUUUCCUGAUACAAGAGAUGGUUCUCCCUCUUCGGCCAACUAUUUUGAUAGUAAAAGAAAAGCUCCUGGGAGCAAGAAAAGUAAAGGAUCCCCUCAAACCAUGCCCAAUCUAGGCCAUAGAUCAUCGUCUAAUGCCCUUGCAUCAGAAAGGAGAGGUUUUGAGGAUUCUCUUCCCCAUAUAAAAUCUUCUCUACAUAUCACAUCAGCUGUUAAACAAUUAGCGCCAACCGAUUUGCAGAGCUCUUUAGUAACGAGUGAGAAUAGCAGCGGAAGCAAUGCUAGUAGCAGUGGAGGCAAUGCUAGUGCAUCGUCUGUUCAAUUGAAAAGAAAAUUUGGAGUAAACCAGAAUAAAGCCUGGGAAAGCUGGCUGUCACAGAGGAAUGUGACUGAAAGAGUAACCUUUGUUGCUGUAUUAGGGUGCAUUAUUUUCACUAGCUUUAAGCUAUUAGGAAUGAGAUUAAGUGGGGUCAGGCGUAUGUCAAUAUGGGCCUGUAGUAAACCACAUAUGAACACAAGUUCCCUAAGCUGUAAACAAGAUUCUUUAUUCAUUUACAAUGUUGGCUUUACUCAUAUCAAGAAAAAUGGUAUUGGUGGUAGGAUAAAGAAACUUUUGGAAGUGGGCAAGGUUCAAUUCAGGAACCCUUCAGAUGCUAGGAAUUCACAAAGUGCCUGCCUUCCUGCUAGUCUGUCAACCUCCGUAAUGGCAAUGGACAGGAAGCAAAUGCCUGUGGAAGAAGCUGAAGCUCUUGUAAGGCAAUGGCAAGCAAUUAAAGCUGAAGCUCUGGGACCUAAACAUCAGGUUCAUAGCCUCUCCGAAGCCCUUGAUGAAUCUAUGUUAAUUCAGGUAAAACCUAUUGAAUGAGAAUGGUCUCAUUUGAUUUUAUGCUUUUGUUAUAUUAACAAUAAGAUAUAUCAUACAUUAACCCUCCCUUGUCUCCCUGCCUAACCCACCAGAACCCCAUAAAGGAGGGAAGGGGAAAAAGAAGUGUCUGUUGUUGAUAAGUGAUUGUGUGCUUUGUAUAAUAUGAGAACUCAUUUUGCCACCUCUGUACUAUUUGGAAAAUAUAAAUAUUGCUUCUGGAGAAAUACAUAGGGUUUUAGACAUUUAAUAUUGAUGAGAGCACACUAGCGGUGAUUUAGUUGCCUUUUUCAAUAGUUGCCAGGAAAUAUUGAAAUUAUCUUUGAUUUCAUUUCCUGAUGCAGUGAAAUAUAAUGGUGGUUUCAACCUUUAAUUAGGUGUUCAAUGUGGAAAAUAAAAAAGUUGAAAGCUUUAAAAGUCAAAGAAAUGUAAUAAAUGCACUCUAAAUGUAUAUUUGAGUUCUUACUAAACAAAGAUUAGCUCAAAUCAAAAUCAAGAUUGAACCAUUUCGGAGUUCUUUAAAAUUCAAAAUCUAAACCUGUGCAAGGCACUAACUCUGAAUUCAUAAUGUGUAAAAAUGUUGGUAUGUUUAUUUCAAGAUUCUAUUCCUGGAGGUGGAAAUAACACUUCAUAGCUAAACCCGGGCUAUUUUUGUUCACAUAAUUGGUCUGCAGUGGCAAGCUUUGGCUGAUACAGCAAAAGCUAGAUGUUGCUAUGGGAGAUUUGUUUUGUUGCAACUGACCAUUCCGCGAGCAGACAUUCUAUUGGAUAUAAAAAAGGGGGAGACGGCUGAAAUUGAGGCUCUCCUAGAGGAAGCAGCGGAGCUUGUUGAUGAAUCUCAGCCAAAGAAUCCUAAUUACUACAAGUGAACAAACCAACCUAGGCUUACUGCAUUUUUGGAACUCAGAUCAUAAAUGCUGCUAUGUGUUAGAUUAUCAUUUAUACAACAUUGAAAGUAUGCUGAGGGAAAAUUUCUACAUGUAUGUUGCCAUGCAUUAACAUUAUAUCGUGGCUCCAGUUAAAUCUGUGUGACAACUAGCUAUAUUCCUCUAUUAUCUUGCAUUUUCUGCAUGUUAUAUGUUACUUAAAAUUGUCCUGAAAACCUAAAUUCGAAACUGUUCUAGCAAUCUUUGGACUAAAUUGUUUACUCCUUUGGUUGCAGCACUUAUAAAAUCCGCUAUAUUCUUAGAAGGCUAGAUGAUGGAUCGUGGAAAUUCUGUGAAGGUGACAUUGAAAUGCCAUCAUGACAUAGCAUUCUGGAAAAUAUGUAACAAGCCACGAUCAGUUGACCUCUAAUCUUCUGUUAUCUUAGCUACUAGUCUUGGACCUUUGCAGAUGCAAAUCUCCAAGGCAGGGCUGGAUGUUGUACCAUUAAUAUUUUUUCUCAUCUUACUUACCAUCUUUAUCGACAUAUACUCCUAUCUUUAUUUUUAUUUUGCUUUUUGGUAGUACUAACCAUAUUUCAAUUUACGAGUUUGUUAGUCAAUGUUUUAUGUUUUUUAUUCUAUGUGUUGGUCUUACUUUAAACAUUUUCUUAGCAUGGAGUGCUUUAUAUGUAUUUGAUUGAUUCUUUUUGCCCUUGUAAAUUGUAUGCAUAUUGUUAAUUUGAUUUUUUUUAGCCUUUACGUAGUAUGUCUAAUUGAAUAUAUUUCUGCAAAUUCAUAGAUAAAUAUUUUCAAAGAAACACAUUAUUGCCUAGAAAUGAUUAAUGACUAAUAAAAAAUUUAAGAAGAUCAUAUUUUAUACAAUAGAUUUAAGAGGUGAAAUUUUGGAGAUACAGAGCUGUUUUUCUUUUUAAGUUUUUGCAAAGAACUUUAUGCAGUUUAUUUUUUCUAUUUCACUCAAUUUAAUUGUAUUCACAAAAUUGUCACUUUUUAAAGAAUAAUUAAUAAACUGCUUCUUGUAACAUAUUUUGAUCUACAAUAAUGUUUAAUGAUUAAAUAUCUUUUAAUUUAUUUACUUAAAAUAAGUUUUUUUUAUCAAUAUCUGACUGACAAUUAUCAUAUACUAAUCAAGUAUAUUGAGCUAUUUGAGUUUCAUUAAAUCACAAAAUUUGAACGGUUAUGCUUGCUUAUAUAUAAUCUGCUUUCUUGGUUGAAUAUAAUUGGUUGAAUAUAUUGAGUUAUUUGAUUUCUAUUAAAUUACAAAUUCCUUUCCCAUUCUACUUAUAAAUCAAUAUCCUAAAAAAAUAUUUGAAUUGCAUUUUAAUAAUCGAUACAAAAAACAAGAUGAGUCCUAAUUCUAAUAAAAUGAAUUUGAGCUUACAUUCGUACUUUAAGCCUUUUAAUUGAACUUUUAAAUGUUAAUUCCUAAUUGUCUCAAUAAUAAAAUUAAA